GUCAAUUUGUUAAUGAACACUAUAAACUAAAGCAACAAAAUCAAACGAAAGUGACAUUGUAAUCCGCACGCAUGCCGCUUGUUGGAUAAAUAAUGCAGCUGCCUGGCAUCGUUAACAGCAACAACACCAAAAAUCCCAGCAUUAGCACAAGAGCCAGCGCCAGCACCAACAUCAUUGCCCCAAUCCAAGGUUUGCCAACGACCCCACACAGUUCAUACUUAGAACUUGCCUGCGAGCAAAAAGACAACCAACGUUGAUCGGGUGACUUACAACAGCAAAAGCAACAUUAGCAGCAGCAGCAGCAGCAGCAACAACAGCAGCGCCGCAAUGGCAGCAACAACAGAAGCGGAAACAUCGUUGCACACACAGGACAACAGUAGCUUGAUGGACCUGACGAAUGCCAGUUACUUUGAGGCAGCAACAACUGUGGAGAGCCUUGGCAUGGCUGAAAGUCAGGCACACUGGAAUGCCACCAGUCUGUUGGCCGCCUCGGCCAACAACCAAGAAAAUUGCUCAGCAUUAUUUGUCAACUAUACCCAGCCGCAGUCAGGUAUCUAUUGCAAUUGGACGUGGGAUACUUUGCUCUGCUGGCCGCCAACUCCAGCCGGCAUGAUGGCGCGCAUGAAUUGCCCGGCAGGAUAUCAUGGCGUGGAUACGCGUAAAUUUGCAAAUCGCAAAUGUGAACUCGAUGGUCAUUGGGGCGGCAGACCCAACGAGACUGAACCGAACCCUAAUGGCUGGACAGACUAUGGGCCCUGCUACAAGCCCGAGGUGCUGCGUCUUAUGAAAAUGAUCAAAGAUGUUAACCUUUAUAUCGACAUAGCUCAACGUACUCGCACUUUGGAAAUAAUUGGCUUAUGUUUAUCGCUGCUGGCCCUGAUUAUAUCAUUGGUUAUAUUCUGGACUUUUCGCUCGCUGCGCAACAAUCGCACCAAGAUUCAUAAGAAUCUAUUCAUUGCCAUGGUGUUGCAGGUAAAUGUGCGUUUGACUCUUUACUUGGAUCAAUAUCGUCGUGGCACUUCGGAUGCAGCAAUUUCGGCUAUUGAAAAUACACCGUAUCUAUGUGAAGCCUCCUAUGUACUCUUGGAAUAUGCACGCACCGCAAUGUUUAUGUGGAUGUUUAUCGAGGGUCUCUAUCUACACAAUAUGGUCACUGUGGCUGUUUUUCAAGGCAGUUUUCCUUUAAAAUUAUUCUCACUGCUGGGCUGGGGCAUGCCCGUAUUAAUGACCACGGUUUGGGUACAAUGCACGGCAAUUUUUAUGGACACUACAUUGGGCGAUUGUUUCUGGAAUUAUAAUCUAACACCGUAUUAUUGGAUUUUGGAAGGACCCAGGCUGGCUGUCAUACUUCUCAAUUUCUUUUUCCUGGUGAACAUAAUACGUGUCCUGGUGAUGAAGCUACGUCAAUCCCAAGCGAGCGAUAUCGAGCAAACCCGCAAAGCUGUGCGAGCCGCAAUCGUUUUGUUGCCUCUGCUGGGAAUUACCUACUUGUUGCAUUUGGUGCCGACUAUGAAGACCGCUUGGAAAUUUGCCAUUUGGAGCUAUGUGACCCACUUUCUGACCUCGUUUCAAGGAUUCUUUAUAGCGCUUAUUUAUUGUUUUCUCAAUGGCGAGGUGCGCACGGUGCUGAUGAAGAGUGUGUCCGUGUGGAUGUCAGUGCGUGGACGACCUGUGUGGAUGCCACAGCGGGCUUCAAUGUAUUCGGGUGCUUACAAUACAGCGCCGGAAACGGAUGCAGUGCAGCAGCCGGGCGAGGCGGUAGCGACGACAGCAGCAGCAACAACAACAACAGCAACGGCUGGAAAACGCUGCUCACCACCCAACAAACGCCUGAAUGGACGCCGCGGUAGUCGAGCCAGCAUUGUUCUCACACACGAGCCGCAGCAGCGCCAGCGUCUGAUGCAGCAGCGCAAAGAGAACAAUGCAGCUGCUGCUGCUGCACAGACAACACUUCGCCUGCAACAGCAACAACAGCAACAACAACAACAGCAGCAGCAGCAACAGGAACAACAAGAGAUUACUGCAGGCUCAGUCAAGUCGCGACGCAUACAAAGCAAGGAUGGCAGCCGCAAUGGCUCCAAUUGGAUGCUCACCCUUUGCUUUCGCGGCCAAAAGGUACUGAGAGUACCGCCAGCGUCAUCCGUACCACCCGAGUCAGUUGUAUUUCAGUUGUCAGAGCCAAAUAGCGUAGAUCUAGAUGUAGUUAAUUAAAUAGAAAACAACGCCUUUUAGUCAUGUUAGAUUUCGCUCACACACCCCCAGCACAGUUGCAUAUAUUAGUACACCCCAACACUUAAGCAUUAAACUUAAAUUAAACUACAACUGCAACUAUUUUUGUCCAUUGUUAAAUCCUUGUAGCUUAUAGAAUUCUCUCGCUCAGCUAUUGCAUAUCCUUUAAAAAGAUUAGCGCACUUACUAUGCCUA